AUGGAGCUUGAAAUACUCGGAAUGUCGAUGUCAUUGACGAUGGCCCUCGUCACCAUCAUCCUCGCCUUCAUUGUCUUCUACUUGACGAAGGAUUAUUGGUGUCACACCUACUGGAAACGUCGAGGCGUCGUAUUUGAACCGGGAUCACCAAUUCUGGGUACUUUUAUACCAUUUAAAAAGGGUUUAGCAACAGGAUAUGAUAUUUUACAGAAGAAACAUGGAAAGGUGUACGGAAUGUACACUUUUCAAGAACCCAUCCUUGUCGUGGGAGACCCGGAUAUGUUGAGGCAUAUCUUUGUCAAAAACUUUUCUCAAUUCCACGAUCGACCGAGAUUUCUGAACAUGAAUGAGGAUAUGUUACAUGGUCUUGGUGCUUUAGAAGGGAAACGCUGGCAUGAAGUAAGAAAUGUUGUCAGUCCAACAUUUAGUGCUGCCAAAAUGAAACAGAUGGCACCUCUAGUGAAUAAAAGUGCAGAUCAUCUAGUGGAGCAUUUUGGGAAGAUGCAAAAGAAGAAAGGAUUCGUCGAAUGCAAAGAACUCUUUGGAUCAUUUGCCAUUGAUACAAUUGGAAGCUGUGCUUUUGGCCUAGACAUCGACGCCCAAUCAGACCCAAAUAACCCGUUCGUGUCCAAUGCAAAACGAGGAUUUCUAUUUGAUUUCGGCAUGCUCUUUCUUCUUAGUAAUAUAUGUCAUCCGAUAGGUAGGAUCUUGACCAAGACGGGCCUUUGUACAUUCUUCCCUGUUGAUGUGAUAGAGUUCUUCAGGAAUGUGACUCUAAAGGCUGUAGAACUAAGAAAGAAUAUAUCUUCAGGAAACAUGACAAAGCGGGUAGACUUUCUCCAGCUAUUACUUGAUGCUCAUAAAGAUGCCGAGAGAGAGACUGAAGAAGACGAAGAUGAUCUCACUGCAUUUGAUCACCAUGACAACCGGCACAGCCCCACGAAUACACCACCGAAGAAUGUACAAUUGACUGAUAGAGAACUCUGUGCUCAAGCAGUAACGUUUUUCAUAGCUGGUUACGAGACGACCACCACACUCCUAGGGUUCAUCUUCUAUGCAUUAGCCAGGAACUCUCAUGUCCAGGAGAAGCUCAUCGAGGAGGUGGACAAAAUGGCACCCUCCAGGGAUACUGUGGGGUACAGUUCUGUUGCCCACAUGCCGUACAUGGACAAGGUUGUCUGCGAGACACUCAGGAUGUUUCCUCCAGCUGCAAUUGGCAACAGACUAUGCACCGAAUCCUUUGAAUACAACGGCAUAAUGGUGGAGAAAGGAGUCCAAGUUAUGUUCCCGUUAAAAGCAAUCCAUCACAAUCCUGAGUAUUGGCCUGAGCCAGAGAAGUUUGAUCCUGAAAGAUUUAACAAGUCUGAACGAGAGAAAAGACACCCAUAUUCUUACCUGCCCUUUGGGAGCGGUCCUCGAAACUGCGUUGGGAUGCGUUUCGCUCUCAUGGAAACCAAAAUGGCCGUGUGUCGUCUUCUUCAGAAGUUUAGGUUCGAGACGUGUGCACAGACAGAGAUUCCAACAGUAUUCGGAGGUGGUGGUACACUUACUCCACCCAACGGUGUUACCCUAAAAGCUAUACCAAGAACAAAUUCUGUUGCCUGA